AUGAAUAUUCUUAAACAUUUUCCAAGUUACGUUGGCCCGUCUAAAAUUAGAACUUUAGUCAUACCAAUUGGCCAUUGGAAGAGAAAAGAGUUCAAUGACGCGGUGCUUAAACUGUCUGGAUUCAACGAAAUUCACCUGUCUGACGUAACCCCCAUCGAUAGUCCAAUUUUCACGCCGCAAGGGUUCCCUCAUGGGAAGCUAUUUUUCGAGUUCCUGACCAUUGACCAUGACGAUGCCUUGGAAUUGUUUCUUUAUGAUUUUGAGCCAUUUCGGAAGACGUUUGUCAUUAUUGGGCUGGUGAACGAUUACAGUGACCCCAUGGCCAACUUGAACUUCAUGAGGGAGAAGUACCCAACUUUGAUUUCGCCCAAUUUGGUGUAUACUUCAGCUUCACCCACCAGAGAAUUUGAAAAAACCAUAGAUGCUAUGGAAAAUGUAUUCGUGUCUUCACCACACAUGCAGAAAAGCAUAGAGACCAUUAUGUGCGACAUAGCAAGAAACUUCCUCAUUGCAUUGAACAACUAUUAUUCUUCAUAUAAGCAUGUUACUUUGAGAUCGCCGGGCGCAAUUGGCGGGAACUCAGUACUAAAAACAACAUUGAUAAGGCAAAAUAGUUACACAUCGUCCUCAUCCUCCGCGUCCAUGUCGGCAGUACAAUCCUCCGUCCCAAGUUCAUCAAAGGCAGGCUCAGCUGCUAACGCCUCCAAGAGAUUAUCUUCUUUUGAAAUGACCACUAACAGUUUGAAAAGGUCUGCCUCUUUAAAGCUAGGCACCACUCUUUCCACCUCUGAGAAUAAAACUCAACAAAAGUCACUGGGCAGACAGCUGAAAAUAUUGGGAAACUUUCAGUUGCUGGCAGGAAGAUAUGUGGAUGCGUUGAACAGUUUCACUGACGCUAUUUCUACUUUAUACAAAGUGCGUGAUUACCUGUGGUUAGGUUCUGCUCUUGAUGGCAUCUCCAUCUGCUUUUUACUCCUGUCUUACCUCGAUUUGACAUAUCAGAUUCCGCAGAUUGUCAGUCUGAUUUGCCCCGUCGAAAAGCUGAAUGUCGACCCUGGUUCGACAAGCGUUUCCCCUGUAGAAUCCAACAAUAAAACCACAGCUACUGCCACUAUCACGUCAAACACACCAAGAAAUAGCAUUUCUAUAGCUGCCAUGCAGUCUCCGAGAAAUUCGAUGAUGUCUUUGACUACACCAGCAUUGAAUAUCGACGUUGAGAAUAUCAACCUCCCGCUAUUCAUAAAAUGCAUAUCUGAUAAGGUCUUAUACUACUAUGAUUUAAGUUUAAUGCACAAUAGUGAAUAUGCCCCGCAAGUGGUUUAUUGUGAAUCUUUGCUGAAGACUCUUACCUUUAUGACCUCGUGCUACAAAAGUUCAGAUUUCUCAAAGGACGUUUUGAACAGCAUUGUGAAAAAUCAAAAUGCGUCAUUAUCGGAUAUCCCCAAUAAUCCAAUAUUUCCAAGAUUUGAAGUCUAUUUUUACACUAAUAAGCUUUUUGAAUUACAAUUGAAGGAAAUGCAAGUAGAAGCUCAGGUGAAUAUUUACUCCGCAAUGGCGGAAGUUUAUCGCCUUUUAGGAUACAAAAGAAAGCAAUUAUUUGUAUUGAGAUUAUUAAUGGUGGCUCUUUUGGCGACUCCAAAUAAGAUAGCAUGGCACCCUGACUAUAGAUCAUUGCUUGACACGAUUGUAAAACUAUUCAAUAUUGAUAAGAAACAACCUGAAAAUAACGGAGAUGAUACAUGUCAAUUCACUUGGUUGAUCUUACAGAAAAAGAUUCUACAGCUAUGUAUCAAAGUUUCACGAAGAGUUUGUGAUUUUGAAUAUGUCGCUAAAUUUAGCUUCAUACUGGUGACUAGCUAUGCACAAUUAUUAAGCCAAUCAGAACAUGAUGUUCUUUUUAAAGAUUAUAUACAUCCUUCGAUAAGCAACAAGUCUAUUAAAAGUUAUUGGGAUCCUUUCCUUCUGAGGGACAUUGUUGUAAAUAGAGUACUGGAUAGCGACCCUAUCUCAAAUCAGAUCCCGUUAGAAUCCGAUAUAAACAGUCUAGAGAAUUUAAAGGACGAACAAAAAUCACAAGAUCUUGACCCGCAGGAAGUGUUCAAUCCAUUCAAACAAGUUCAAGCAACUUCACUUCUUUCGAAUAGCAACGAUAAUUUCCCUAUUUUAGUGUUUCUAGUUGGAGAUAAGGUAGAAUUCACCUGCAGUGUACAAAAUCCUUUCAAAUUCGACAUUACAAUCAAUGAUAUUCAACUAAAUGAAGAAAUAUCUGAGUUUUGUGAAAUUGACCAAAAGGCUAUAAGCUACUCAGGACCAUAUAACGUUAAAGCCGAAUCAAUGAGAUCAAUCACGCUGCCUUUAAUUAUUAAAAAAUCAACAUACAAAAAAAUAUAUGAGAUUAAGUCCCUGAAAAUCUCCGUUUUACAAUUACCUUUUCAACAAUUCAAUAUUAUUAAAGAUUCUAGGAAACUGAAUUCCUUUGAAGGAGAUGCUGAAAACAAUAGAUGCAUAUACAGUGAAUUGAGGAUUAAAAUUCUGCCAGAACAACCACAAUUAGAAUUAGUAAGCACUUCUAAAAUGACAAAAAACUCAUGGAUGAUGCUAGACGGUACCAAAACUGAUUUUCAUGUAACAGUGAGAAAUAAGUCACUGAGCAGCCCGAUAAACCAUAUCAGAAUUAUGCCAAUAAAUAAUAUUGAACAGAAGUUGAAAUCUGAUUACUGGAAAAAAAUGCCUCCUGAUGACUUAUUCAUCAUGGAAAAACAGCUAGAUUGGUUAUCUAAGUCUUGCAUACGUAUUGUUAAAACUCCAAAGGUUAUUAAACCAAAUGAAACUAUUACAUUUGACCUGGAGUUAGAUAAUACUGCUGUUCCGUUUAAUUUUACUGGGUUUGAUCUAUUGAUUGAAUAUGGCAUGAAUGCUGCUGUUGAAUCUUGUAUCUAUUUGAAAAAGUUGUCAAUUCCCUACGAGGUGACAUUGAGAAGAACCAUUGAGGUACCAAGUAUGGACAUCAUUCCAUUAAAUGAACUCUUCCGUCCACAGGUUGAAAAUGUCGAUUGGAUCGAGUACGUAAUGAGCCAAAUACGCACCAAUACUAAGCUUCAUCCUGGAGAUUUCGUAUUAUUGUUACUCGACUUUAGAAAUUCCUGGAUUGAUGGAAUCAAGUUAAAUAUUCAGUUUGAAAGUUUCGAUAGUAAUGAGUAUCAUGUGGAGGCCGGCCAUACAUCAAGAAUUAUUGUUCCUAUAAGAAAAAUUGAUUGUAGAAAAUAUAAUUUUGAGAACAUGCCUAUACCAAGGAUUUACCCAGGAAGACAAUUUAUUCAAAGUGGUUUAAACGAGGAGCAGACUAUAGAAAUGAGACAGAAAUUUUGGUGCCGUGAACAUAUUAUUUCAAGGCUAAAAUGUAAUUGGAAAUUAACCACAGAUCAAUCUGUAACAGGUUCGGUAGAUUUCAACAAGUUUAUAGAAAAGUUCGAUCAAAAGAUGGUGUCCACGAUAUACACUGGGAAGUUAUCUUUUGAAGUGCAACUCCUAAUUGAUAGGCCAGAAAUCAGAAUUGGCGAAAGAACCAACUUGAGGAUAGUGGCAGAGCCAACUAACACUUGCAGAAGAAAGCAAAAUGCAACUAUAAACUUCUUGGAUAUUGUAAUUUUCGAUAGAAGGACAUCAAAGCUUUUGCCAAGAUCAAACAGAAGAAUUUUAUAUAAUGGUUCAUUAACCAGGCCUAUCACUACAAAUAGGCCCUCAGAAGUCAACCUAGAAAUUAUUCCAAUUGAAAGAGGCCAGUAUGAAUUUGGCGUGUGCAUCUUCAAGUCAAACAAUCAGGACGGAAUUAUUCAAUUCAAUUCCGAAAGUGUCAUCUUGUCGGUUAUGUAG